AAUUAAAAGCGGGCUCAAAACCAGUUUAAAAUCUAUAUUCACUUUUCUUUUCGUUUCGCAAGUUUUUAUUUUUUUUAUUCCAACGUUUUCUAAGGCUGCGUUGUUUCUCGUUAAAACGAAUUUUAAAAGAAAUUUAAUUUUUGGGAAGCCCAGACUCUAAUGUCCUGGUGAUCUUUUGGGUAGGCUAUGCCUGGAAGCUUUUUUUCUAAAAAUUUUUUUUUCAAAUUAAAAUUUUCAGAGAUUUAACUAGUCGACUUAUUUCUUUAUUUUUUGUGAUUUUCUCUUCUAUAUUAAAUAUUUAAAAAAUGCAAACUCUCGAGAAAAUUGCGCAUGCCCAAAUGCCUUUUACUUCUGGCGGACAAACAAUUACUGACAGAUUUAAUGCUGCCAAACAUUCUUUGGCUGGUUCUCAAUUAGGCAAAACUAUUUGUAAGGCUACUACUGAAGAAUUGAUGGCACCAAAGAAGAAACAUUUGGACUACUUACUUCAUUGCACUAAUGAACCUAACGUUUCUAUUCCAUCAAUGGCCAAUUUAUUAAUUGAGAGGACUCAAAAUCCAAAUUGGAUUGUUGUCUACAAAGCUUUAAUUACAAUUCAAAAUUUAAUGUGUUAUGGAAACGAGCGUUUUUCUCAAUAUUUGGCUUCUUGUAAUACAACAUUUAAUUUGACCAAUUUUAUGGACAAAUCGUCUUUGGGAAGUGAUGCUAUAGCUGCAGGUUAUGAUAUGGCAACACAUGUUCGCCGUUAUGGAAAAUAUAUUUCUGAGAAAAUCCAUACUUAUCGCCUCUGUGCUUUUGACUUUUGUAAAGUAAAACGUGGAAGGGAUGAUGGACUUUUGAGGACUUUAUAUACUGACAAAUUACUUAAAACUAUGCCUAUUUUGCAGUCGCAAAUAGAUGCUCUUUUGGAAUUUCAAGUGACCAGUUCAGAAUUAAAUAAUAGCGUAAUCAAUUGCUCUUUUAUUUUGCUGUUUCGAGACUUGAUUCGUUUAUUUGCUUGUUAUAAUGAUGGAAUAAUUAAUUUAUUGGAGAAAUAUUUUGAUAUGAAUAAAAAACAAUGUAAAGAAGCGCUGGAUUUGUAUAAGGCUUUUUUGAAUCGUUUAGACAAAGUCCAAGCAUUCCUUACAAUUGCUGAAUCUGCAGGGAUUGAGCGUGGUGAAGUUCCUGAUUUGACUCGGGCUCCAGCUUCUUUGUUGGAAGCAUUAGAAGCUCAUUUAUUUCAUUUGGGAGGUGGACGUGGAGCUCAACAGCCAACUUUAUCUCAAUCUUCGGCUCAACAAAUUGUUUCUCAACAAAUUUGUUCUGCCCAACAAAUUUAUUCAAAUCAGGCCCAAUAUCCAUCCUAUCAAGAUUAUAGUGUAGACGAAUCUGUUAAACAGCGUUAUUUGGAAGAAGAAAAGGAGCGUUUACGUCAAUAUGAAGAACAAAGACGUAUUCAACUUCAACAACAAGGAGUUCCAACAUCGUCUGGACCAUUAAUUGACACAAACAAUCCUUUUGGUGGAGGAUUUUCUUCAACCCCUUUACAGCAACAAUUUCCAAUUGCUUCUGAUCUUCUUAUGUUUGAUACUCCACCAAAAGGGAAUGAGGGAGGAGGAGGGAUUUUAUCUAGUAGACAACAAGAUUUAGAUUCUACCAAUCCUUUUGCUAUGGUGGCUGAAUUAAAUAAUCGAACUCAAACAGGUUUUUUUCGUUAA